ACACACACAAACACAGACACAUACACAUACACACACACUAUAUAUAACAUAACAUCAAUAUUGUAGUUCGCCCAUGAAUCGCAGACGAAGUCAAGGCAUGAAGGUGUUUAUAUUAUUCCUGUUUUGCCUGUCGUUGGCAGAAAGUAAGAAAUACACAAAUUAUCAUUUGUUGAAGGUUGUUCCUCAAACAGAUACUGGAUUAGCACAAUUGAAGUCUCUUGACAAGAAUAAUCCUCAAGAGGUCGACUUUUGGAUCGCUCCCUCAAAAGUGAACCAGAGUGCCGAAUGUUUGAUGUCCCCUACACUCUACCAUGAAAUUGAAAAUGGUGCGAAAAAUAAAGGUAUUGAAGUGACCGUACUGUCUGACAAUAUUGAGAAAACUAUCGAGAAGGAGAAACCCAAUUCUGUGUUGUAUUCAGAGAAGGCAGUGACCAAUACCUAUGCACCCAUAGAAAAGAUUGUUGAACUGAUCAAGGGUUAUGCGGAGCAAUAUUCUCAUGUGAGUUUGAAGCAUUAUGGAAAAUCCUAUGAACACCGAAACCUCUACGCCAUCAAGUUUUCUGUUGGCCCAGGAAGGCAGACAAUCAUUGUUGAAGCAGGAAUGCACAGCCGUGAAUGGAUCGCAAUUGCAUCCACCCUGAAAGUCAUUGAAAGCUUUGCAACUAGACGGAACGUCAAUAGGGAGGUCACGGAAUUGUUGGAGAGUUAUGAUUGGUUGUUCGUUCCUGUCACAAACCCUGAUGGCUAUCAUAUGACACAUACAGAGGAUAGAAUGUGGCGAAAGAAUAUGAGACCACAUACACGUCGUUGCACCGGUACAGACUUGAACAGGAAUUUUGAUGCCUUGUGGGGAGGAGAGGGAGCCAGCGCAGAUCCAUGUCAUCCCACAUUCCGGGGUGCCAAUGUUUUCUCAGAACCUGAAUCCAGACAUCUUUCCAAAUUGGUUAGGUCCACCCGAGAUAAGAUAGCAUUUUUUUCUGUGCAUGCUUACUCCCAACUUAUACUCACCCCUUAUGGAUGCCAAAGAAAGAAGCCAGCGGACAGCAAUCAUUUGACCUACAUAGCCAAACAAGCUAAAAAUGCUAUUUACCGUGAAACUGGAAAAAAUUUUACUGUCGGCACACCACCAGAUAUCCUAUAUCCUGCCACAGGUGGGGCUUAUGAUUGGGCAAAAAUGAAAAUGAAAGUCAAGUACGCUUAUGCCUUUGAACUACGCCCUGACCCUUCCAGCAGUUUGGGUUUCAUCAUGCCAGAAUCUGAAAUAGAGCCCAGCUACCGGGAACUUUUUGUCGCCCUCAAGGCUUUUGCCGAGAACUUUGAGAAAUAAACGAUCAUUUGAUAAAAAAUAUACAUAAAGAAAGAUUUAAACUGACAAAAA